AUGUCGAGUAUUCGUUUCCAGUCACGCACUAUCUAUCUCUCUCCAUCCGUCUCCAGUCACGCACUAUCUAUCUCUCUCCAUCCGUCUCCAGACACGCACUAUCUAUCUCUCUCCAUCCGUCUCCAGUCACGCACUAUCUAUCUCUCUCCAUCCGUCUCCAGACACGCACUAUCUAUCUCUCUCCAUCCGUCUCCAGACACGCACUAUCUAUCUCUCUCCAUCCGUCUCCAGACACGCACUAUCUAUCUCUCUCCAUCCGUCUCCAGACACGCACUAUCUAUCUCUCUCCAUCCGUCUCCAGUCACGCACUAUCUAUCUCUCUCCAUCCGUCUCCAGACACGCACUAUCUAUCUCUCUCCAUCCGUCUCCAGACACGCACUAUCUAUCUCUCUCCAUCCGUCUCCAGACACGCACUAUCUAUCUCUCUCCAUCCAUCUCCAGACACGCACUAUCUAUCUCUACUCGUCUCCGGACUCUCUAUUUCUUUACACUACAGAAUAG